GAAGUCGGCAGCCGUUUCCAUGGUUACAGCAGGAGGUCGCGUCCUGAUGACGUCAUUGCGCCCGUGUUGUGAUGUCCGGGAUUUUGACUGUGUAAAUCAAUGAUGGGGACGAGUAAUGAUUCGGAGGUGAAGGGCCAGAGUGGCGGAGAGGAAGACGGGGACCCCGGAGACCGGACAUCCCCGAGCCCAUGGAAUAUUAUGAUAAAGCAUCGUCAGGUGCAGCGUAGGGGGCGCCGCGCUCAUGUGGCAGUCAGUUUCACUGACCCCGCUGUCUCCAUGGAUCUGCUGCGUGCGGUUCUGCAGCCGAGCAUCAACGAGGAAAUCCAAGGUGUCCUGGAGAAAUACAUGAAGUUCUUUCAGAAAGCUGCAAUAAAUGUGAGAGAAAAUGUCGGGCAUCAAGUGGACCCGGAGCAGCUGAUUCAAGAGACGUGUCGCAAUUGCCUGGAGCAGGCAAAACUACUUUUUACAGACCGAAACAAAGCAAUAGUAAAAUCUGUGUUAGAGCCCACAAGUAUGAAGAGAACAAGAAUAGCAGAAGAGGAGUCAUCUCUGAGGAGGAGUCCAGUGCCCAAAAAGAGAAAGGGGCGCCCCCCAGGACAGAGCUCUCUAUAUGACCGGAAUUCCUCAGGACUUACAUCCUUAAAACCCAAGGCUGGCGACCUUAUCAGACGAGAGGGGCCAAAGUGGGAUCCGGCUAGACUGACCGAGACAACCAACUUUGUGCUGGGAUCGCGGGCGAACAAGGCUUUAGGAAUGGGAGGGACCAGGGGAAGGAUCUAUCUUAAGCACCCGGAGCUAUUUAAGUAUACAGUCGAUCCCCAGGACAAGCAGUGGUUGUCAGAAAAACAGUACAUGAGAGCCACAGGUGGUAAAAUGGUUUACCUCCUAUUGGAAGAAGAUAUCCUUGACUUGUCUGCGAAGGAUGAAUACAGAGACUGCAAGGAGCUGCGGCUGGAUGAGCUGAAGCCAUUUACUGCUCCUCCAUGGAUGAUUGAGAAGAUGAGGAAGUAUAUGGAGCAUGUGAGAACAGAGCAGGAGUAGUUGUUUCUCCGCUACCGUCUCUUCAGAGGUCUAUAGGGGCUUAUGGCGCUUUAUAUAUAACACAGGAAUUGCAAAAUAAACCAAGGCUGACUACUGAGGAACCAAAACCUUAUUGUGUUUUAU